GUGGUGGUGAGGUACGCGGCGUGGUAGUUAGCCGGCCCGAGUACAAGUAUGGCAAUGUCAGCAUCUGUGGGCGGGAAAGGGGAGCUAAGCAGCAAAGAAAGGUCUGGCCGCACAUCGCAUCGUGAAGCCCUUCGCGCCGCUCUUUUCGCGAAAGCCUCUUCCAUCCUCGCCUUCAAGACACUCGUUUAGUCUCCUUGUUUUUAUUUAACGUUGUGCGAAGUGUGAGUGCGAGUGUGAGUGUGUCUGCUUUCACACGCGCGCGGGCUUCUCAUCCACCACAUCCCGCCGCUCUCCCGCUGCAUCGAUCGACCGACCGACCGACCGCAAAUCUCACGCGCGCGCGCACCGUCCAAUUUUUCCCCGACCUUCAAAGAUGAAGCUGUCUCUCCUCCUCGCCAGCCUGGCCGCGAUGGCAGGCCUCGCCCUCGCCGGCGGGAAUGCCGCCACGGGCACCAUCGACAAGGGCCCGUUCGCCGAGGACCUCAACGGCUCCAACUUCACGUACCCGUGGCCCGUCAAGGUGUUCAAGUUCACCAGCCAGGCGCAGGCGCUGCAGAUGGCCUUCAUGGACAUCUCGCCCACGUGCAAGCCCAACGGCAAGACGGCCGUGCUCUUUCACGGCAAGAACUUCUGCGGCCCGACGUGGGAGGAGACGAUCCGCGUGCUCGCGGCGCGCGGCUACCGCGUCGUCGCCCCCGACCAGAUCGGCUUCUGCAAGAGCUCCAAGCCCGACGCCUACCAGUUCUCCCUCAACCAGUUCGCCUACAACACGCGCGGCCUGCUCAACGCCCUCGGCGUCGGCAACGUCACCGUCCUGGGCCACUCCAUGGGCGGCAUGAUGACGGCCCGCUUCGGCCUCCAGUACCCGAGCACCGUCGACGAGAUGGUCAUGGUCGACCCCGUCGGCCUCGAGGACUACGUGCAAAAGGGCGUCCCCUACAUCAGCGUCGACGACUCCAUCGUCACCGAGGCCGCCUCCACCUACACCAGCAUCCGCGGCUACGAGCAGGCCGUCUACUACGUCGGCCAGUGGAAGCCCGCCUAUGACACCUGGGUCAACAUGCUCGUCAACAUCUACAACGGCUCCCGCCGCACCGCCUACAUCAAGAACCAGGCCCAGAUCGUCGACAUGGUCCUCACCUCCCCCGUCGCCCACUACUUUGGCGACAUCAAGCCCCGCACCCUCCUCAUCGUCGGCGACAAAGACAAGACGGCCAUUGGUUCCCAGUGGGCUCCCCCCGCCGUCGCCGCCCAGCUCGGCCAUUUCGACGUCCUGGGCCCCGAGGUGGCCGCCCAGAUCCCCGACUGCACCCUCUACCGCUUCGCCAACCUGGGCCACGCGCCUCAGAUCUCCGACCCGGACAGCUUCCACAAGGUCGUUGUCAACUGGCUGCACUGGCAGUCGUAAAGCGACGACGACGCAUCGACCCCGGCGCGAUGGGGUCAUUGGAAGGUAGUAC